UUCAUUAACUCUCUUAAUGAUGUCUGAAAAUGGCUACAAUGCAGAUUUUCCAAGAAACCCUCUUGGCAUCUUCUUUAAUGAUUUCAGGUCAGUUUUGAAAUUUGAUGAGCUUGGUUUGGAGAUAGCGCAAAUCGCUUACCCUGCAGCGCUUGCUUUAACAGCUGAUCCUAUUGCAUCUCUAGUUGACACAGCCUUCAUAGGCCAAAUUGGUCCUUUGGAGCUUGCUGCAGUUGGAGUUUCUAUUGCUUUGUUCAACCAAGUUUCAAGAAUCGCUAUUUUCCCACUCGUUAGCAUCACAACUUCCUUUGUAGCAGAAGAAGAUGCUUAUAGUUCUCAGCAAGACACAGUUCAAGAUCAUAAAGAGUGUACUGAAGCUGGUAUUAACAACACAAAGGAGGAAACUCAAGAAUUGAUUCCUGAAAACAAUGAAGAUUCUAUAUCAGAUGAAUCUAAAACAAGUAGCAGUAUCUUCAGUGUUAGUAAGUCCCCAAUAAGGAAAAGAAUAAUUCCAUCAGCUUCCUCUGCUUUAAUCAUUGGAAGCAUUCUUGGCCUUCUUCAAGCUGUGUUUCUUAUAUCUGCCGCGAAACCUCUCUUGAGUUUCAUGGGAGUUAAACAUGAUUCUCCAAUGCUGAGACCUGCUCAGAGAUAUCUAUCUCUAAGAUCACUUGGUGCACCCGCUGUUCUUCUCUCACUUGCGACACAAGGUGUCUUCCGCGGAUUUAAAGACACAACAACUCCAUUAUAUGCAACUGUGAUUGGAGAUGCUACAAACAUAAUACUCGAUCCAAUAUUCAUAUUCGUUUUCCGUUUAGGUGUAACAGGAGCAGCCAUUGCUCAUGUUAUAUCCCAAUACCUUAUGUGUGGAAUACUUUUGUGGCAACUGAUGGGUCAAGUCGAUAUCUUUAACCUGAGUACCAAACAUCUUCAACUCUGUAGAUUCAUGAAAAAUGGCUUGCUUUUACUAAUGAGAGUAAUCGCAGUAACGUUCUGCGUGACUCUUUCCGCCUCACUAGCUGCACGAGAAGGAUCCAUUUCCAUGGCAGCUUUCCAAGUUUGCUUGCAGGUUUGGUUAGCUACUUCACUUCUUGCAGAUGGGUUUGCCGUAGCUGGCCAGGCAAUAUUAGCGAGUGCAUUUGCCAACAAAGACUACAAAAGAGCUGCAGCUACAGCUUCUCGUGUACUGCAGUUGGGAUUGGUUCUCGGGGUUCUACUCGCGGCUAUACUUGGAGCAGCAUUGCAUUUUGGAGCAAGAGUAUUUACAAAAGACGAUAAAGUUCUACACCUCAUUAGCAUAGGACUACCGUUUGUGGCAGGGACACAACCAAUCAAUGCUUUAGCGUUUGUAUUUGAUGGAGUUAACUUUGGAGCAUCCGACUUCGGUUACGCGGCAGCUUCAUUAGUAGUGGUGGCUAUAGUCAGCAUCAUGUGUUUGCUCUUUCUCUCAUCGACACUUGGUUUUAUUGGACUUUGGUUUGGUCUCACUAUCUACAUGAGUUUUAGAGCUGCCGUUGGAUUCUGGCGGAUUGGGACAGGAACAGGACCUUGGUCUUUUCUUAGGAGCUGAUUAAGAAGGAAUCUUAAAAGGAAUGAUCAUGAUGAGUUGUCUUUAAUUAUUUUUUUGUUCUAAUGAGAUUGUAAUUAGAUAAAAACAAAAAAAAAUACAAAGUUUUUGUCUGGAGAUAUAAAUCAAGAUGUAUGUUGGCUUUGGUUUAGUUUGGUUUGGUCUA